AUGUCUACCAUCUCAAGCCCAACCGCCACUCAGCACAUCCAGCGUGAUGCUGACGGCGACGUUCAGAUGAUGGAUGCAUAUCCCCCAGUCCAGUGUCAGGUGGAUACGGAUGAAGACGAUAGGACGUCCAAUGCCACCACCCUCAUCGAAAACCACGACGAUCGUGAAAUGGACGCCGACGGCGAUGUGGAGAUGACAGACGCCUAUGCGCUCGAUCAAGAGGACAAGGACAAAAAUGUGGAGAUCAAAAGCAGCAGGAGCAGCAGCACGACCAGCGCGUCUUCUUCCGUUGGCAGGACCACGGACGUCGAUUCGGUCAAGAAAAUUGAGCGCUGGGCCGAGACCGCUUCGGUCCCGAGCGCCGCACUAACCAAGCCCGCCGCCGUCAAGUCGGUCAGCAUCAACGUUGGUCUUCUUAGAGUCCAAUACGACUCCGAGGAAGGACACAUCGACAUCCAGGGCUACUAA